AUGGAAAUGGCUGGCGGGUUUGCAGCCAAGGAUCAUAACAAGGUGAAGCACCUUCAUGGUGGACGGAUGGAAUUGGAAUCCGAGACUUACUUUGUCAUCAAUCUUCCAGAUUCCAAGGUAUUGCGGAUUAUUUCGCGCUCCGUUUUUCUGGGUUUGGUUAUUCUCACACUGCCCUGCAUUGGGACAAUUCUGAGGGGAUUAAAUGUUUCCCAUUUAGAUUCGAAUAUCGAACCCAAAAAUUUCAAUUUCCAGCAGUUGGGUCUGCUUUUUCGUGAUUUGGCCGGCGAAGGCCUCCGCAGAAAGGGUGAUACAUCUCUCGUUGUGACUCCUGGCAAUGCCGGUGCGAUUCAAAAGCUUCACCCUUUUGAUCUCAAUGGAUUUGAUUUCGUUGUAGAUUCGGAUUCGGUGCGAAAGAGCUCGUUCUUGGACGAGUCUAUGAAUUUCGUUUUCGCAUUCAACUUGGCCGAUGCUAAAUUUGCGGAUCGCAUUCUGAAGAUUGGCGGCAUAAUUGCCGUUCCAAUGGGCAACGAUCCUUCAAAUGCCUUUAGGCCAAAACCAAAUUACAAGAUCGUGUAUCUCCGCCGAUACGCUUCCACUUUCGUGGCAAUGAGGAAGAUCAGUCUGGCUUAUGACUUGCCCGUGACAUCCCGGCGGCUUUUCCAAUUAGAAACUGAGGAAAAGAAGACGGUGUUAGAGGGUCUAGAAGACGUCCUGCUGGAACCACCGAGGCACAUUCUGGCCAAGUCAAAUGAGUACUUAAACAAGAUCAAGUUCCUCCCUGACUUGUUGGGCGAUUCCCUCGACAUUUACAACCGCCGAGUGUUUGUCAAUGUAGACCUAAACGAGGAAAACCACGGCGUGGUAGAAUGGUUCCAUAAAAAAUAUCCCAAAAAGAACCAAGGAUUUGAGGUCUACAACCUCGAAGUAGAGCCUGAAGAGGGUACAACCGCCCCUAAAAACGACGUUUCGGAUUGGUUGAAAGACAAUGUGAGGGAAGAGGACUAUGUCGUGAUGAAAGCGGAAGCGGAAGUGGUGGUGGAGAUGAUGAGGAAGAGGACAAUCCGUCUGGUGGAUGAGUUGUUCUUGGAGUGCAACAAUGGAUGGUGGGAGAGUGGGAGGAGUGGUGGGAGCAAGAGGGCUUAUUGGGAAUGCAUUGCUUUGUAUGGGAGGCUGAGGGAUCAGGGAGUUGCUGUGCACCAGUGGUUCAUGUGA